UGCCCUGCCAGAGGAUUAAAUCCUCGGGGAGACGCGCACAGACAUCCACAGUGAGCAGUCACCAUGUCGGGAAAGGACGGACUGAUGUGGCCUGUUUUACCGCUGCUGCUGCUCGGUUUGCUGCGACCCUGCACCGCCGGAGUCCCAUUCACACAGCAGUGUGAGUCAGCCACAGAUAAGACCAUUUACCAAUACAGUGCCAGGACUCUAAACGGGAGUCGCACUGUGAACUUCAGUGACUACGUGGGCAAGAGUGUCCUCUUCGUCAACGUGGCCACAUACUGAGGAUACACCUUCCAGUAUGUGGAACUGAAUGCACUACAUGAGGAAAUGAAACCUCUUGGACUCACCAUCCUCGGCUUUCCCUGCAACCAAUUUGGGAAACAGGAACCCGGGCAGAAACACGAAAUUCUGCCAGGUUUAAAGCAUGUCAGACCAGGCAACGGAUUUGUUCCAAACUUCCUGCUGUUUGAAAAAUGUGACGUGAAUGGAAAUAGCGAGCAAGAGGUUUUCACUUUUCUCAAGAACUCCUGCCCUCCAGUCGGAGACAACUUCGGUGACCCCACCAACAGAUUGUUCUGGCAGCCUCUGAAGACGAGCGACAUCAAGUGGAACUUCGAGAAGUUUCUGGUGGGCCCAGACGGGAAGCCAGUGAUGAGGUGGCACCCAAGUGUCAACAUUUCCGAAGUCCGAUCUGACAUCCGCAAAUACCUGCUAAAACUAUUUACAAGGGAUAUUUUCAAUUAGAUCUGAUUCCUCAUAUUAAUGUCCAUCUAAUGAUGUAACUGUAAUGAGAUGGUAAAAAUGUAAGGAGGAAAAAAAAAAAAAGUAAUGUUAACAGUUUCUGGUCCACGAAGAUGGCAUGUUAAAUGAAGAGGAGGCUUGAAAACAGGAAAUCUGUGGUGCCUCUUUGGAGUCUGAGAUUCAGGACGGCUCUUGUGCAUUCGAGCUGCCCUGCAAUCCCACAGCAGCAUGUCAUCUUCUCAUCCCAGGACCUGUUGGCCAUUACGGUCUAAAUGUUAAUUACUUCCAAUAAAAUCACAAUAGGCUGA